CAUGUGAGGCAGGACAUGAUUCAGUUUAUCAUGGACUGAGGUAACAGAGACAACUCAAAAGAGAGAGAGACGCCGUAAGAGCCGGACAGAGCGGACAGCAGCAGUGGGAUAUUAGAAUCUGAGACACAUCACAGAGAAAGACAUCACAAAGGAAAAGGAUCAAACCUUCUCUAAGCAUGACAAACGUCAGUACUCCCCCCCCACAUUUGCCUGUCAAUGCCACAACCAUACAACCAGAGGAUAGCAGUGUUGUGAGCAAUGACUUCUCCACAGCCUUGGGCGCCCUCAUCCUCGGCUUGGUCUUCCUCCUGGGCGUCCCUGGCAACUUCUUCAUUGUCUGGAGCAUCCUGGCACGCAUCCGACGACGCUCAGUCACCACCAUCCUCAUCCUCAACCUGGCAUUUGCCGAUGGCUUUCUCAUGAUCCUCACCAUCUUCUUCAUCGUCUACCUCGCCAGGCAGACAUGGGACUUUGGCAACAUCAUGUGCAAAGGCCUGUUCUACCUGUGCAACGCCAACAUGUACGCAUCCAUCUUUCUCAUCACACUGAUGAGUGUGCACAGGCUGGUGGUUUUGGUGCUUCCAAGAAGAGUGUCCAGGAUGGCCAGCAGGAAGGUUGUGAGGAGGGUGAUCGUAGGCAUGUGGGUGCUGGUGAUGGUCAUUGCUAUCCCCUCGCUUGUUUUUCGGAACGUGAGAGAGGACAACGCUGAAAUGAACAACGACAGACUGGUGUGUGCGCCCAAUCACACUGAGGCUCGACAUGUACGUUUUCAGUAUGCCUUUGAGACAGUGGUGGGAUUCAUUCUUCCUUAUGCAAUCAUCAUAACCAGUUACAUCCUUAUCCUGAGACGCCUGAGGCAGACCAAGUUCCAGCGAAAGGUCCGCAGUGAGAAACUCAUCCUGGCCAUUGUGGUGAUGUUUGGCGCUUUCUGGCUGCCGUACCACGUCGUCAACAUGAUACAGGUUGCGGCUGAAUGGUACUCAGAAGGAUCGCAGACAAAAAAAAUAUUGGACAACAUCUCUAAGUCCAGUCGUGCAGUGACCUCAGCUCUGGCCUUCAUCAGCAGUUGUGCCAAUCCUGUCCUCUACACCUUCGCUGGAAAGUCCUACAUAAAGCAGAAUGGCUUCGCCUUCAUGGCUAAGCUCUUUGAGGGCAUAUCAUUGGACCAAACAGGAAACAAAAAGAGUCGGGUCAUGGGUAAAGAUACUGUGGGAACCAGUCUUGUUGACUCCGCAAACAGCACAGGGGGACAAAAUGGGAGAUGAACGUCGAAUGAAACAUGCAAAACUACAUGUGGCAUGUGCAGCUUUUGGUUAAAGCAACAUUUGAACCUGACUUUUCUGUACUUAAAAAAAACCAAACAAACUCAAAGCACCAGCUUAGAGCUGAACAUUAAGUAUUUUGUUUUGUAGAUACAAUGUGCUGAAAUAUAAGUUUGACUGGAAGUCAGUGGUACAGCCAGAAGAAAUGAUAUUGUUUGUUCCUGACCUGUAAAUACUCUUUGUACAUUUAUAUUUUAUUACAUUUCAUGGCAGUGAAAGAGAACACACAAUUUACAAUUAUUAAUAACUACAACAUAUAGUACUGUAUCUGCUUACAGAGAAAUUCCACUGUGAGAAAAACACAAACUUUAAUUCUUUAUCAGGUAACUACUUACUUCAAGCCUCCUUAUACGUUAUCUAGAAGCAGUACAUAAGCAUUUCAUUAAAGCUUUAUAGCACACUAUAAUGUUUUACACAGCUGUUAUUUUUUUAGGGAUAUUUUCAUGUACAGUAUUUGUCCACAAUUCUGUUCUCAUUACAACUGUUUUACUUUGUUAUUUUCUGUUCGUGCAGCAGUCUCCACUUAAAGGUAGUUGUUGACAAAUACAUUAACACUUAAAUCAGCUCACAUUAUCAUGUGCUCUAAAACAUUAAAUUAUUAUGCACUGCUAAAAAAACUUUAAGGAGCUCAACUCCAUCAUCUGUGUACAUUCCCAUUUAAGGCCGAAGAGAUUACCGAACCACAUUUAUCCAGUUCUUCGUUUAGAUUAUUGCAUCAUAAACACAGUCAAAAUACAUCAGUAUCAACAGGGGCCUUCAUAUGGAAAACUCAAAUCCAUUCUUUAACUAUUUGUUUAGAGCAGACCACUUUACGCUCUGUGAAAUGUCUGGAGCUGGACUCUGACGUGUUGUAAAAGCUCUGAACCAACUUUAUGGACCGACUGCUCCCAGUUUUCUUCUAAACUGGGCCAGUGUUCAAAAUGAGAACAUAAAUGAAACCAUGAAGCUCAAACUCUUAACCCCUGUUUUAUUUACCACAUUUUUCAGUUUGUCAAUGAAAUUUUUAAGUUUGAUCACAUAGUUUGUUUCAUUUUCUGUAGUGUGGGAUUUUUGAAAAUACAUUUUGAAUUUGCACAAUGUAAAUCUCAGCUUCAGGUUUGAGUCAGUUUUAACACCAUUAUGCACUGAUAUAUUGCUUUUCAAGCAUUGUACUAUAAAAAGUUGUAACAUCUUUUUAGAUAUUUUAUAUUUUUGAAAACCUGUUGGAUUAUUAUAUUGCUUUGUUUUUGAUUUAGAAAAAAAAAAAAAAAAAAAAAAAAGUUUCACUGUGCCAUUUCUUUGACUUAGUAACCAACACCCAAGUACUGAUGAACAUAUAUUCUGCACUCAACUUUACAACCCCUACAUGAUCUACAAAAAUAGAAAAAGGACACACUGUACACACUUUAACACUUAUUUGGCUUUAUUAUGUAUCUCAGUUCACUCCAUGUCACAAGAUGACACUACAGUGGCCACUUUAGAUAAACCUGUGCCAGCUCCACCAUAAUAUCUACAUUUAUGAAGUUUAAAAAGUUUCACAAAUUACAGCUUCAAACAUUGAUCAUAAAAGCAGACUUUAUAGCAGAACAGCUGUGCCUUAAUUGGACAGAGUAUUUAAUAAAAAAAAAAAAAAAAAAAAAAAAAAAAAGAUCUUAAA